AUGGGUAUAGGAAAUUUCUAUAUUCGUUAUAUACGGGAGGCAAUGUUGCAAUGUGCCUAUAUGUAUGUGUACGUAGGUGUAUGCCAAGCCAUAUCUGGUCCCUUGUUUCAUUCCAUUGGAGGAGGCAUAAGUGGCCGUGGCAUUGCAUUUGAAUUUGGUAUAAUUAAUGAAUUACAAAGUAAUAUCAUUGGUCGAGGACAAGGGACUAUUUCGUCGUUCCAGUGCAUGACAGCAUUAAUCAAACUGUCCAGAUGCUUUUAUUCUCAUAAUGCUAUUUCAUCGGCUGCAAUAUCAGUCAAGCAAUUCUCCUCAGCACCAGAUUUCGAUUCAUUAGCUCAGAAAGUUCAGCAAUGGAAGGAAAAAUCAGCUGUUAGUAGUAACGAUAAUAAUGAAAUUUCAUCUGCUGAUAAAAUAAUUGAAACAAGGGCGUGGAUGAGUGCUCCAUUGGUAUAUUGCGACGGUUCAUUUGACUGGACAUUGAGAAAAGGCGGUAUUGGAAUAUUUUGGAGUCCGAACGAUGAACGUAAUGUUCAUCUUUCACUUACAGGAUCGAAAUUGACUAAUAUUCGAGCUGAAAUACAAGCAGUGAGCUUAACUGCUUUACAGGCUUGUUCUCUGGAUUUCGAUCGAAUAAUUAUCAAAACAGAUUCGCAGUUUGUAGUGAAAGUAAUUAAUUCAUGGUUAUCCCGAUGGCGUUCCAACGAGUGGAGGAAAGCAGAUGGAAAACAAAUCGAAAAUAUGGAUGAUAUCCAGAAACUCAGCCGUUAUGCUGAAAUGAUAAAAAUGCGUGUGGAGCAUACAUAUGGACAUCAGAAAUACGAAGAAAACAAAGAAUUGGAAGAAAACUGGAGUGAAAUGUCAUGUGAUGAAAGGGAUCGUUGCGGGAAUUUUCAUAGUGAUCGGUUAUCGAGAUUGGCUGUUGACCAACCAAUGAUGACGGAUGAACAAUUCGAGGAAUUAUGUAAAGCCAAACUCGACAAACACUGUUGUUGA